AUGACCGGAACAUUGACAACACAUAAUAAGUUGACUUCAGUUAUAAUGGCUACAAAAGCCACAACAAUCAAAGAGGCAAUCAAGCGAUGGGAAGAAAAAACUGGCCAAAAUGCGAGUCAGGCCACUGAAGUUUGUUUAACUUUUCAGUGGCCACCUAUCGAAAAGAUGGACAACACUCUGUCAUGCCUUGUGAAUUGCGAGAAACUAAGUUUAUCAACGAAUAUGAUUGAGAAAGUAACGGGAUUGAAUAGUUUAAAGAAAUUGAGGAUUUUAUCGCUCGGUAGGAAUUAUAUCAAAUCGUUCUCGGGAAUGGAAUCACUCGGAGACACGCUGGAGGAAUUAUGGAUUUCAUACAAUUUAGUUGAAAAAUUGAAGGGGAUCAACGUGUUGAGAAAUUUGAAAGUUUUAUACAUGAGCAACAAUUUAGUUAAAGAAUGGAGCGAAUUCAAUAAAUUACAGGAAUUGCCGAACCUCGAAGACCUGCUCUUCGUCGGUAAUACCCUUUACGAUGGAUGUGAACUAGAGGUAUGGAGGUCGGAAGCGGCGAGACGGUUACCAGCACUCAAAAAGCUCGAUGGAGAAACUGUAUUGAGAGAAGAUGAACCGCCCCUAACGGUUGCUGAUUUGGAGCCCGAUGGAGGAGAUGCAGUUGAAACUCUUGUAAGUGCAGAAACAAAUGAUUAGAAGUUAUAUAAUAAAUUGUUAAGAUA